UCAGAUUGCGUUAUUUUCAAAACUAGCCUACACAAUAAUAAAUAAAUAAAAUAAAUAGAAAAACAAUAGAAACCAAAGAAAAAAUCUCUAGUAAUUAUUUACACCUACAUGAGCCUUGUUCCCCAUCGAGCGAUCACUGAAAAUCUUCACCAAUUCUGAUCUAUAAACCUCUCUCUCCCUAGAAUUUCAGAUCCAAGUCAUUGAAAACCCUGUUCGAGAAAAUCACUUUUAACGGUAACGGUUUCCGUGAGCAGAACGACGCCGUUUUGUUGCUGCCGGCGUCGGCGUCUUUCAAUUCCAUUAACAUCUUAGCAGAGUUUUUGGAAAUUUGGGAAUAAUCAAUGGCAGCUCCAGGGGGAACUAGACCAAGGAAUGCGCCACCACCCAAUUAUAACCCUAAUGCACUUGCUGAUGGUAUGCAAAACCUACAAGUAAAUAGGCCCAAUCAGCCACCUAGUGGUCCUAGGCCUAAUACCCCAUUUGGGCAGCAGCCACCUUUUGCUGGUGGACCACCUGUUGGUCGUCCAGGACCUCCACCACCUGGUGUUUUCCCAAGAGGUCCUGCACCUCCUAGUGGUCCUCCACACAGUGGAUUGCCUCCUCCCAUGGCUCAGUCUGUUCCUCCCUUUGCAUCUCGGCCACCUCCUCCUGGUGUAAUGCGUCCUUCUAUGGGUGGUGCUGCCCCGCCGCCUGGAUCUUUGCCUUCUGCAUUGGGUCCUCGUCCAGGGCCUCCGGGUCCCUUUUCUUCUUCGCCGUUGACAACAGUUCCUGCUGUGCCGCCACCAUCAAGCAUUCCUAGCUCGGUUAGUAAUGGGCCACUGGCAGGUGGGCCGGGAAUGAUGCAGGGCGGAGCACGUUUUCCCCCUCCAAGCAGUACAACGAGGCCACCAUUUGGAGCUCCUCCGCCAGCUAUGGGUUCAUCUGGCGCUUCUUCUCAGCCUUCAGGAAUGCGCUCACCCUUUGGAAGUUCGUCAUCUGUCAGCACAACACCAGUUACAGCACAACCACCACCACCAUUUUCAGGAUCAUUCCAGAAUGUGCCACCUCCUUCGGGUUCCUCCCCAUUUGCAGCACCUGUUCAAGGCAUGCCUCCACCCAUGGGUGCUCCUUAUGGAACACAGUCGUGGCAACCCCAUCAGGUGAUCUUUAUAUGCCUAUCUUACUGUACUUUUUUUUGGAAGGUGAAUUCUAUGUAUUUCCCCAAAAGAAGAAAUUUGAUAGUCAUAUGCAUAUGCUAUUCAAGGAAAUAGACAAUAGAGUUUGCU